AUGGAAAGUAGCCGCUCUUUCUUUGUUGGUCAUUUCGUCCGUACUUGGAAUGGCCAAACCUGUAUGGAGCUGCUGAGCUAAAAGAUCAAAGACUUCUCAAACUCAUAUUCCAUCUCUAUCACGAUGCUAUGAUUCAACACACUCUCUCCACCAUCUUCUGUAGUUGAUUCCGUGGCUUUAGAAUGGACGUUUCUUUGCUGCACCAGUAUCGUCGCGAUCGUCGCCGUCUUCUGAGUUUCUUACUGUCUUCGGGUAUAAUCAAGGAAAUCCGGACCUCAACCGGCAUCGUUACCUCUAUAUCGGACGCCGAUCUCGAUUUCCUCAGCACGGACUAUGUGCUUGAUUGCAUCAAAUCCGGCGCUGUGCUCGAUGUUUCGACCGCAAUUGAGAAGUUCCAUGAAGCAUCUGCAUACCCGGUGAUGAUACAUUCCAAGUUGGGGGAUUCUUAUUUCCUUUUAUCCGAUCCAAGUUCAGCUGGAUCUCCUCCGCGGAGAACACCCCCUCCUGUGAUGGUAAGCAAUACUAAUCAUCAUGUAUCACGUUCAGCUAGUGCACUACAUACUUCCUCUCCCCAAGCAGCCGAUGUACGGAUUGAGGUCAACAAUGUCAAAGAUGUAGGGCCUGCAACUCCGUCUUUGAAUUCAUCAAAAAACAUAAGCAUUCGCCCAAUAGGAUUACCACCAAUAACUGCAGGAUUGUCGGAUGAUGGCGUGCAAGAACUCGCAUAUGAGAUAUUGCUUACAUCUCUAACAUUUUCUGGGAUUGAAGUUUACAAAUCAGAUUAUAAGAGGAAGGAUAAGAGUUCCAAGUUCCUCAGGGGAUCUAAGAGUAAAAGGGAAAGGGAUAUUCAGGAAUGUCCUCCAGACAGACAUUCAAAACUUUUAGAUACCAUUCGUUCUCAAAUGCAGAUCUCAGAAGCAUUUGAUUUAUGUAUUCGGCGGAGGCUGAUGCAGAUUGCUUCAUUGAGAAGUUGUGAAGGGAUCGACAUCCCUUCUGUUCUCUUGGGACUUCUGAAUGGAAUUUAUGUAACUUAUUUUCCCAGUGAGAAGUCAUAUAUGCAGUGGAAGAAUAGACAAGUUCAAGUUCUAGAAGAGCUCUUGUCCUUCGCCAAUGACAAAAUCAAACAACGAGAAAUGAGAACCUUAUUUGCUAGAAUAUAUUCAAUGGAAUGGGAUUCCACAAUGUCCCCGUCAGAACGUACAGAAGUCCUAUCAGCCGUUGAACGAGUAGUUUCAGCACUUUCAUCUAUUCCUCCUAGAUUUGGUAUCCCAGAUGAGAGCUAUUAUUGGAGUUCUGGAUAUCAUGUGAACAUUAGGCUUUACGAGAAGCUAUUGUUUGGCUUAUUUGAUAUUCUGGAAGAAGGACAGCUUAUAGAGGAAGCUGAUGAUGUCUUAAAGCUUAUAAAGUCAACUUGGUCCAUCUUAGGCAUUAAUCAGCAAUUGCAUUAUGCGUUAUUUGGAUGGGUCCUCUUCCAGCAGUUUGUUGGAACAAAUGAACCAGUCCUACUAGAUUAUGCUCUAGUUCAACUGCAGAAGUUCUUUUCUGAAGACAACAUUGAAAAAAACGAAGAAGAAUAUAUGGAGAGUUUAUUGUGCUCUAUUGACACUCCAACAAAAUUAAGUCUGACUCAGUCCAUCUGUUUGUCAAUCAGCACCUGGUGUGACAAUAAACUGCAGGAUUAUCAUCUAAAUUUUAGUCAGAAUCCUGACUUGUUCAGAAUGACGCUGAUGUUAGCAUUUACAGUUGAACAUUUUUGCACUGAUGAACAUGUUGAAAACACGCUAGCAGAUUCUGAAGCUCAGGGAACAAAGAUGGACUUUAAAAAGCUCACAAACUAUGUCAGGAGAUCCAUCCAAGCAGCUUGUCAAAGGGCUGCAUCUACUAUGGACAUAGAUUCUGAGCUAGGAAGGACAUAUCCUUUGGCUCAACUUGCAAAUAAACUAAGGUUGAUCACAGAGAGGGAGCUUAAUGUAUUUUGUCCAGUGCUACGACAAUGGGAUCCCACAGCUGGGAGGGACUCCGCCAUUAUUUUGCAUCAGUAUUUUGGAGAAAGACUGAAACCAUUUUUGGAGGGAAUUACAAGCCUUUCUGAAGAGGUUAGAUCAGUGCUUCCUGCUGCUGAUAUGUUGAAUCGUAACCUUACUCAACUUCUUUCCUCUACAUACAACACAAAUGGAGUAGGGUACAGCCAACAACUCCAGCAUUACCAGAUUGGAGAAGUUUGUAAGCCACUCGUACUUGAUUGGAUUAUCGAUCAGCAAGCACACAUCUUAGAAUGGGCUGGGAGAGCUUUUGAACUUGAGGACUGGGAGCCUUUAUCACAUCAGCAAAGACAAGCAGCUUCAGCAGUUGAAGUUUUUAGGAUCACAGAGGAGACAGUAGAUCAAUUGUUUGGGUUGAAUCUGCCGAUGGAUAAAACACAUCUACAAGCUCUGCUCUCUGUAAUCUUCCACACCUUGGACAUGUAUCUUGUGAAAGUUGUUAACCUGCUAGUUGAGAAGCACCAUCUUUACCCAGCCACUCCUCCAUUGACACGCUAUGAGGAGACAAUUCUUCAAGUAAUGAAGAAAAAGUUAGUGAGCAAUAUGCAUAUUGAAGUGGAAAUCACUGAUAAGUUGAAUCGGCUAACAAUUUCCAAGCUCUGUGUCAUACUGAACACUCUUCAAUAUAUGCAAAGGCAAAUUGGCGCACUAGAAGAUGGUAUUAAGAAUUCCUGGGCACUUGUUCAACCAUCUGAGUAUAAACAAUUCUGCACUUCAGAGGACUCAAAGCUUACAGAUGAAGAGUCCAUUAGAGAGUUAUUUGCUGCCACAUUUGACUGCAUCAAGGAUACAGCUAGCAUUGCCAUUAAAAAAUUCCGCGAGUUCACUGGAGCCAAAGUUGUAUUUUGGGAUUUGAGAGACUCUUUCCUCUUUCAUUUAUACUCUGGCAGUGUAGAAGGUGCUGGCAUGGAUAGUGUUCUUCAUUAUUUUGAUACUGUCCUCAAUCAGGUUUGUGGUUUGAUAGAUGAAAGCACCAGAGACCCAAUUGUUUUAAGCAUUUUUAAAGCAUCACUGGUAGGCUUUGUCUGGGUUUUGCUAGACGGGGGCCCUUCACGUGCAUUUUCACUUUCAGAUAUCACUGUCAUGGAAGAUGACCUAAAGAUACUAAAGGACUUUUUUAUCGCUGAUGGAGAAGGCCUUCCUCGUUCAUUAGCUGAAAAGGAAGCAAGUUUUGCUCAUCAAGUAUUGAAUCUGUUUACCCUUCAGACUGAGUCUCUGGUGCAAAUGUUGAUGACUGCAAGCAAACACAUUGCAGUGAUUAAGGAUCGUGAGAAGCAUAGGAAUGGUUACCAGGGAGAUGCGCACACCUUUAUUAGAGUUUUAUGUCAUAAGAAAGAUAGGGAAGCAUCCAAGUUCUUGAAAAGACAAUACGAGCUUCCUGCUUCUUCAGAAUAUGAAGACCCCACUUCGGAUAAGUCCCAGUUUGCUACGGAUCUUCUGAAACGAAGUGCGUCAGUCCGAUGGUCAGGAAGUGGGCAGGGCAACUUGAACUCAUUUAAGCAGAAGUUGCAAAGGGCCACUUCAGAGAUAAGGCAUACUGCUUGGUGACAGUUAAGGUGAUGUAAAUUUUAAUUGAGUUAUUUAUUUUCUUGUAAGGAAAUAUAUUCAUUUGAAAAUGGUAUUUAUUAUCUUAGCAAGUCAACCCCUAGUGUUAUCCGCUAUGAGUUAAAGAUGUAGGGAAAUUAUAUAUAAUACAGAACCACUAAGGACCCCUUUUUUUUCUUCUACUAGCUAAAUUGCUUUGGGCGAACUGUCCAUCCUGGAUUCUUAAUUUUCCCAAAAAUUUGAUUGUGUUUUGUUUGCAUAUGAUUAUGUUUUGCCUAGGUUUGUAUUUCAUUUGGAAUCAA